AUGGUAUGCUACAAAUACGAAGACUGUGGCCCACCGAAAAGAAAGACUUCCGAUGAAACAGAAAAAUCUGAGGGCGGUGCACAAAAAUCGGAGAAAGAGAAUAAUUUGAAAAGAAUAAAGAGUCGAGAAUUGCGUGGUGGCAUUAUGUAUUAUAGUUGCCAUUGUAUCAAGCGCAACGGUCUUCAACACGAUUGCCGUCGCACUGGAUGUGGUGGGGAGCCCCCUUGCUUGGUUUUGCCGGAUCCUUUAUGCGCGCCUAGUCAGUUAGCACGCGCACAUGGUCUGGCAGAUCCCGCUCCUCUUGCAAAGCACACAGGAAAUAUUACUGGAAUAUCAGAAGAUGCCAUUGCUAAGAGCGGCAAAAGAUUUAUUGUCUGCGAGCUAAAAAGUGUUGCACCACAUCCGCCUCAAGAUUCCACUAAAACAUGUUGUGCUCCAAAAGAUACAAAGACGGAUAGAACAGCGGAACCGAAUGAUCCAACAGCGGGACUGCCAAUACUGGUGAUGAAGCUCUGUUGA